UGGAUUUUCCGUGUGUAUACACAUCCGUUCACGAAACCAUAAUUAACAUUUUGUCUUGGCCUUAAGUGCAAAAAGCGUGAAGCCAAAUGAACAACAAACAUUUAUUACGUCUCCAGCUGUUUCCCAACGAACACACUAUUUAUUGUUUGUCAGCUUAAAAUUAAAAGUGAAUCUGCUGUUUUAGAGAAAAUCCCCUCAUAGUGUUAAGUUUUCCAGUCAUGAGUGACAUGAGUGAAUUAGUCAUUGUAUUCGCGUUGUUAGCAGUAGGAAAAAUCCACGGGCAAGGGGCAGUCGCAGCCGUGCCGCCAGUUUUGUACGUACGGCCUUCAACAGUGCCCGUGUAUAGUAACAGACCGGUUUCCGUACAGGAAUACAUCGGGACUCGGACUGCGCCACCACCGACGCGACUCUACACGAAUCCACCUCGACCAGCUGAUCGCAAUCCUGACUUUACGCAAAAAGUUGAAGCAAGUGGCAACCUUAACCUUCUGCUGUCGACCGUGAGAGAGAACCAACCAAAACGGAAGUUGUUUGUUUCAUCCAAAUUACCAGACAAGAUGAAUCGACCUUUAGACGAAAAUGAUCCGCUGAAUAACACAAUAAAUAAAAAAGAAUAUUUGAGUAACGAUGUUUACGAAGACUUCAACCUUGACAAGAACAGGACUUCAGAAAAUGCUGUGAAACCUUUUCAACCUUAUACACCACAAAGUGAAAAUGUGUCAGCUGUGAAACCAGUAAAUGUGGAUAAAAAUUAUAUGCUAGAUAUUGCAAUCCUUCCUAAAGUGAGUUUGGAUGAACGAUCAUCUUUUAAUGGUGACCAGUGUCCCGAGGGUUACGCUAAAGUUAACGGGCAGUGCGUGAAGGCAGACUGAUUGAACUCCGACACGUGAAUGGAGAAGAUGGAAGUGUCCGCGUGAGAAACACUCCAGCCCACCUAAGUCCUAACACACAGUAUUAAAGUGUAAUUACUCAAUAAAUUCGUGAUAAUUAUGUAAGUAGGUACCAUUUGUUACAGGUACUUUAGCAUGUAAAUAAUUUUUUGAUUGCAGCAAGUAAUGAAUCAAAAGAAUGUUCUUUUGACGGUG